AUGUAUGGCACUCAGGUAUAUUUGUGCUGCAUUCAAGGCUCAAUCGGUUUUAUCCAAAGACUAUGUCAAUUUAUCCUUACUCCUGCCGGAUUCUGCUGCACCAAAAUUUCAUCACAUCCCAAAUCAAUAAGUUAUAUUCGUAUUGCAAUGGUAUUUCCACCUGUAUUAGGCCAUGUAAGUAGCGGCAUCUUACCUGGGUUAGAAGCCAUUGUGUUUCAUGAUCAAAAGCCGGAUCCAAAUGCAAUCCCCGGAGGCGGCUCAACUUCUGCGGAACGUGAAAUGGACUUUGAUAUCUAUAUCAAACGGAACCUUGACAUCAGGUACUUGCACAAAAUCCCUGAUUAUAUUGUUCAACAUGUACAAACACACGGCUUUCUCAACCGCCACGAGAUUGAGGAGAUUAUUGAAGCUAUUGUGCCUUUGGAGGAAGAGACUGAUGACAUCAGAAAACUCUGUUACAAAACUCAAACAAUGCUUGUAUACGUUCAGACGAUGUUGCGUUCGGAAGAUCCCAAAGUUAUUGCUCAGCGGGAAAUUUUGAAGAGUCAAGAAAAGUUGUCAGGCAAACGUUACAAACGUCUUAAGCGCAAGUUGCAAGAAUAUCAAGAUGAUACCGGGCUUCUAUGGGCACUAAUGGCUCAGGAGAUUAAACGCACCUGUGAUGUUGAAGAUGCUGCUACUGCUGCGAAUGGAGCGGAACCUGAUGCUGCCGCGCCCCCCUACACCCAUACACCUCAUGGGACGGGACUGUCGGGUGGCUUGGGCUCUUGA